CCGUAUGUUUUUUGAAAGCCAACGGGAAAACCCAGUCGGGAAAUUGAGCACCGCCGACAGUGAUGCGACGACACUCUCGAUGCCUUACCAGUUGUUGCGCGGGCAACCGCCCUUAGCUCCGAGGCACAUGUGGAAGUCGAUAGUCCUCCCAUCUUAUAUUCUUAUGAGGACUAUGCUGCCCAGCCCGUACCUUCGCUGGGCACUCAUGCUCAAGGACAAGAUGUGUGUGCGGGAUCUUCUCCGUCCGGAAACGGCGACUUAUCGUCUUCAAGUGGUUCUUCACGGGAUUCGGCGUGCGAUUUCAACAAUAGAGGUAGUGGACCCGCUCACGUCCAAGGAUUUCGCAUGGCUUCCUCUCCCGACCAUGGGCCACUUGCAGGGCCUGCAAUGCGCAACACUAUGCGCUCAUCUUCACACCUACUUAUCCUUCUAUGCACCACCAACUUCGCCGACGGAUGACGAAGCUGCGGUGGGGAACAUCCUUGCGUAUGUUACCAAGGUGGCCCGCGAGUUUCGCACGCAACAGUACGAUGACCACAACGCACCGCUCCUCUACGUCCGCAUCCAAGUUGGGCAAGCGUCCUGCAGCGCUUUGCUGGAUAGCGGCGCGACUCGGAAUUUCAUGAGCCAGGCCUUUACUCAAAGGGUUGGCCUUGGCCCACAAGUUCGAAGGAAGGAAAAUCUUACAGCGAUCAAGUUGGCGGACGAACGGACGCAGCAACUUAUUGACCGCUACAUCGAGGCCGUACCGGUAUAUUUCGCAUCUCAUGCAUGCGAACCGGUGACGUUCGAUGUCUUGGACACGGACUUCGAUAUCAUUUUGGGGAUGCCUUGGCUUGCAAGUGCGGAUCACACGGUCAACUUUCAUCGGCGGACUCUUACCGUCCACGACGCCUUUGGCGCCGAGGUGCCGUGUACCAUUCCUCUUCCGCACCCUUUGAUUCGGUGCCAAGUUGUGACGGCCAAGUCGUUCCGGGCCACUUGUGCUUACGAGCAGCCUGACGAGAUUGACCUAUGUUUUCUACGAACCGUCGUGGUAGCCGACUCUUCACCCACGGACUUGUUUUCGGACCCCCAUAUGCUCAACGCGCAAACCGUCAAGAAUGCGGGGCCUCUUCCUCGUAUCGACGAUCUUCUUGAGCGUUUGGGCGUCGCAAAGUACUUUUCCAAGUUGGACUUGAAGUCGGGCUAUCUUCAGAUUUCGAUACGCCUGAAUGAUGGCUAUAAAUCGACGUUCAAGACGCGGUCCGAGCAUUUUGAGUGGGUAGUCAUGCCUUUUGGCCUCACCAAUGCCCCAACGACCUUUCAAGCGGCAAUGACCAACGAGUUCCGUGCGAUGUUGGACCGGUUAGUGUUGGUCUACUUGGACGACAUUCUCGUCUAUAGUCGGACCUUGGAGGAUCAUCUUGAGCACCUUCGACGAGUGUUGGAGACGCUCCGCCGCGCCAAGCACAAAGCCAAUCGUGACAAGUGCCAAUUUGUCUGGCAAGAGUUGGAAUAUUUGGGCCAUUUUGUCACACCGGAGGGCAUCAGUCCAUUAUCGGACAAGAUUCAAGUUGUCCAAGAGUGUUCAGAGUCGCGGAACGUUACGGAUGUCGGAUCAUUUCGUGGCCUUGUCAGCUACUACCAGCGUUUUAUCAAAGGCUAUUCGAAGAUCGCGGCCAGCUUGACCAAGCUUCAAUGCGAGGAUCGGCCGUUCGACUUCGAUGAGGAUGCGCGGGGUUCAUUUUUUGCCCUCAAAGCCGCUUUGCUAUCCGCGGAGGUCUUGCGCAUCUACGACCCGCUAUUGCCAACACGCGUCACUACCAAUGCGUCUGACUAUGGCAUUGGGGCCGUCCUCGGGCAACACGAUGGCGUGGAUUGGCACCCGGUCGAAUAUUUCAGCAAGAAAAUGCCCGCCGUGCACUCAAUCGACGAUGCAGAGAAGAAGGAGAUAUUAGCCUUCGUCCACACGCUCAAGCGGUGGCAGCAUUUCCUACUUGGUCGAAGUCAAUUCCGAUGGGUAACGGAUAACAAUCCAUUGGUCUUUUACAAGACCCAAGACACGGUCAACAACACCAUCGCCCGUUGGAUGGCUUCCAUUGACCACUUUGACUUCUUUCCCGACCACAUUAUAGGAAAGUCAAACCGUUUUGUGGAUGCUCUUUCACGGCGUCCGGAUCAUUGCACCGCAGUCUACUCGACCUUCGAGAUCGAUGACGACUUGCGGGACAGCUUCAUCCGCGGCUACCAAGCCGACCCCGAGUUUCGCGACAAGUACGCGAAUUGUUCCUCUCCUAAUCCGCAGCGCCAUCACACUAUCGGAUCCAAGAGGGAUAUUUGCUCAUCCACUCGCGGGGGAACGAUUGUCUUUGCGUGCCAAGUGAUUCCCAGUUGCGUAUGCGGCUUCUUGUCGAGAUUCAUGACGCUCCCGCCACCAGACAUUUUGGAGUCAAUCGAACGAUUCACCGACUUCGUGAGUGCUUUUCGUCCCGAUCUUCUCGGCGUCGUCACACGCUAUUGCGAGUCAUGCGAGGUUUGCCGACGUUGCAAAUCCCGCAAUCAUCGUCCGUACGGCGAGUUGCGACCAUUACUGGUCUCCUUGCGCCGAAGGGAAGCAAUUGCCAUAGGUAUCACUGGGCCGUUUCCCAAGCACAAGACCUGUGUGGAUGGGACUCUCACGGUGGUCGACCGACUCACCAAGUUCGCCAUGUUUUUGUCUUGCCGCUAUCAUGCAAGGCACUGGAGUUAGCCGAGGUUCUUUACGCCAGUUGGAUUCGAACCAAGGGUUGCCCCAAGGAAAUCGU